AAUACAGUGCAACAAUAUGUUGAGCAUGAUUAAGGAAUUAUUCCUUCUCCCUUAUCGAUUCCCCCCUUUAAGAACCCUUUCGCCUCCAUACCCCCAUGUCAGUGUGUCCAGAUAAAACAGACCGCUCGUCAUCUUGUCUACUCGUAAGAGGGGAAUUUUGCUGAUGCAGUGAUGUCUGGAAAUGGUAUGGUUCGCUCUUGCCCCCUUAAUGUAUCUCCCGCCUGAGCUGCAGCAUUACAAUUUCUCAUGCAGUAUAAGCCAUUUACACCGAGGUGCCGCCGCAAGAGCGGAGGGGAGGACGUUGCGGCUUCGUGUUGUUUUUUUAUAGCGUCUUGUUUUUUUAGCGCGCUUGUAUUAAAUGUGAAGCUUUGAACUCUAUUUCCAAGCCAUACUUUAUUUCAUUAUAGCAUCGCUGGAGAAUGUCGCCAAUCAUUUGCUCUAUGGAUGUGAGAUUUAUGAGCAGUGUGGACCGCAGCGGAACAGUCCGAAAGUAAGAAGAUGUGAAAAUGCAUUUCAAGAGCAAUAUAUAGACGCAAACAGGCAUUGCUUCAGUUACGAGAAGCAGCCGUAGUGGAUGCAGCUGAGAGGAGCGAUGACAACCGCAGUGGGGCCACACUGAGGAAAGAUCAAGUUAUACCCUACCCGGGGAUACCUGAAGACUUAUUCGAGAAAGGGAGGAAAGCGACGCCUCUGGGAGGGUGAUUGGAUGUCUGCUCAAUUAAAUUAACUGCAAUUCCACAACUCCUGCAGAGCUGCGACUUUGACCUGCAGGAUGACAGUCGUGGCUGGGGACAACAUGGAUGAGACUUCUGCGGUGCCGGGGCAUCCGCAGGACACGUACCCCCCUGACCACGACGAUCACGAAUGCUGCGAAAGGGUGGUCAUCAAUAUAGCCGGGCUGCGCUUUGAGACGCAGCUUAAAACUCUCGCUCAGUUUCCAGAGACUCUGUUAGGUAACCCAAAGAAAAGGAUGCGCUAUUUCGAUCCCUUGAGAAACGAGUACUUCUUUGACAGAAACCGUCCGAGUUUCGAUGCCAUUCUGUACUAUUAUCAGUCCGGGGGGCGGUUGAGGAGGCCUGCAAACGUGCCGUUGGAAAUGUUCUCGGAGGAAAUUAAGUUCUAUGAACUUGGGGUGGAUGCGAUGGAGAAAUUUCGCGAAGACGAGGGCUUCAUCCGUGAGGAAGAGAGGCCCUUGCCCGAGCGUGAGUUUCAACGGCAGAUCUGGCUUCUUUUCGAGCAUCCCGAGAGCUCGGGGCCGGCCAGAGGAAUUGCUAUCAUUUCUGUUAUGGUGAUUUUAAUUUCCAUUGUGAUUUUCUGUUUGGAGACCUUACCUGAACUGAAAGGGGACACGGCGGGACGGAUAACAACUAUAGGCAACAUUACCUUCUACUACAAACCAAACAUCCUGACCGAUCCCUUCUUCAUCAUAGAGACCCUCUGUAUUAUCUGGUUCUCCUUUGAGUUGAUAGUGCGCUUCUUCGCGUGCCCGAGCAAAGCGGCCUUCUUCAAGAACAUCAUGAACACCAUCGACAUAGUGGCCAUCAUCCCCUACUUCAUCACGCUGGGCACCGAGUUAGCCGAUGACCCUGAAAGCAAGGAAGGAAAGGGGGAGCAGGCAACAUCACUGGCCAUCCUCAGGGUGAUUCGUCUGGUCAGGGUGUUUCGAAUCUUCAAGCUGUCCAGGCACUCCAAGGGCCUUCAGAUUUUAGGGCAGACCUUAAAAGCCAGUAUGCGAGAACUCGGAUUGCUAAUAUUCUUCCUCUUCAUCGGUGUCAUAUUGUUCUCCAGCGCUGUGUAUUUUGCAGAAGCCGAAGAGAAGGAGUCUUUUUUCACCAGUAUCCCUGACGCCUUCUGGUGGGCCGUUGUGUCAAUGACCACCGUGGGCUACGGGGACAUGGUGCCGGUGACAAUAGGGGGUAAGAUUGUAGGCUCCCUGUGCGCCAUCGCCGGCGUGCUGACCAUUGCCCUUCCUGUGCCCGUCAUCGUGUCCAACUUCAACUACUUCUACCACCGAGAAACUGAAGGAGAAGAGCAGGCCCAGCUUCUCAACGUGAGCAACCCCAACAUCGCGUCCGAUUCCAACUCUAGCCGCCGCAGCUCCUCCACCGUCAGCAAGUCCGAGUACAUGGAAAUAGACGGAGACAUAAACAACAGCAUCGACAACUUCAGAGAGGCCAAUCUCAGAACUGGAAACUGCACUAUCACAAAUCAGAACUGCGUUAACAAAAGCAAGCUGCUAACGGAUGUCUAGAGCUCAGUACUGAAGUGUGGGACAGUAGAAGAUUCAGUCACGUACGAAUGCUUAUCUUACCUCCUCUUGUGAGCCCUUGCAAUGCGAAAAUCUCUACAAUGCAGAACAAUAAACCAAAACAUAUAAUAUAACUGAGAUCAUUCAAUAUAUAGUCACUCUAAAACAUUUUCAAAAAAGAAUGGAAAAAAACUAUGUACAACAACCACAGACGCACACCUAGCUAAUGUCCACAGGCUUUGAAGGACUCGUGAUGGCUGCCUCUCGCGAGACAACUUUCGUGUGGAUAUAAAACCAACACGCAUGGACCGCAGAUUACAUUUCAGCGAGCUGCACGCUGCAUCCGGGAAAAGAUGUGCAGAGACGUCUGCAGCGUUCGCUGGACACCUCGACUGUCCUCCCCAAGGUAUACAAGAUCAACUGACCAGCAAAGCACCUUAUAAGACGUAUCUUCUGCUGGGAUGCUAUGGAGGCCAAGGUCAUCGCCCCAUGGACAUCCGCAUUGCUGCUAUUUUCCAGCAGAUGCUGUAAUUUAGAUAUCACCAAGUGAUCAAUUGCCAUGCCCUUUAGAUAUAAGACAGCACAAUGCCGAAAGAACAGCCUCAUAGUUAGCAUGUUUAGACUCUCCUCAUUUUGAUAUCGGCAUGCCUGACGCAUUACCUCAUGACGAAACUAAUUUCAGUUUCUUUGGUUUCUCUUCAUCCCCUCCAUCGAUCCCCUCUCAUUCGUUGCCAUGAGAAGUGCACUAGUGCAUCACGAUUUGAGAUGUUUAUUAUUUCAACGUAUUUAAAAACUGAAUGUUUAACCUUACGGGAAACAGAACCUUAACGAUAUCAUAGCAUGUCAAAAGAACCUGCAUUAUGGCCUAUUCGACUAAGGUACUGUGUAUCCUAGUAUAUUUAAUGCAUGACAUCGGUAUAAAUACAGCUUGUUGCAAUUAAGACGCCUCGUAAGGGUGUCGGCGUUACGAUCAGGGAAACCAAGGAACGCCCGUUCCCGACUUUUUCUGAAAUGUGACAAAACAUAUAUGCAAGCCCCAACGCCGGGAUGCAAACUUUUCAAUCUAAAACGUAGACGAAGACACCGAAAAAGAGCUAUCGAGACACUAUCGAAGUGCAUAUAAUCAUACUUAGCGCACAUGUUAAAAAAUGACUAUAACUUUAAUAGCGCAGUGCAUGGGCAUUCUCUCGAAAAAGAUAAAAAAACGCAGGCGAUUAUACUUCAUGCUUCCAUUUUGCGAUCAAAUAUAGGCAGAUAUCCGAAAUCGCUUAGCGGGAUGCAAAAGAAAACACGGCAGAGUUACUCAUAUUAGUUGCUAGUGCCUUUAACCUUCUCAGCAACCAGACAGAUGAAAAGUGCCUCUGAGUGAGUUUUAGGCAGGCAAGGGGACUGUCACAACGUAUGUUGAGGCUGCUCAUUACAGUGUAACAGAAUGCAUUUCAUUCGUCGUUGUUUCAUUUCGUUUUUCGUUUUGACAUGCACAGAAUCCACCUUCUCUGGGUUUUCAUGCACUUGAGUAUGAAAUUGGAAGACGUAUGAGGGAACCUUUUGGAGUUUCAAAUCUGCCUUUGUUUGUGGUUUAGUUAUGUUGUGCCAUAUUAAAGAGUCUACCUCAGUGAGGUUACCGCACAGCUCACCGCAGAGCAGAGUAAAACAGCCUGUGAAGUGUGACACGUUAGAAAUAAUAUGCUUACAUUAACCCAGAAUCAGCCUUUUUUAAGCACUUAGAACAAAUGCAACAAUGUCACCGCCCCUGACUCGGUAAAGCUUCUAUGCUAAGCACAAUCAACAGUCAAAUCCAUUUGUUUUUGUUGUACAUCUGUGAGGAGAGACCUUGAGACAACAGCACAGAUUUUCCUAUACAACAGGGUUUAUCAUAAAAAAAGUUAUGUUUACAUCAUUUAAAAGUGAUUUAUGUGGUACCUUAGACUGUUAGACUGUGUUAGGCCAUCACCCGACUUGGCAUGUUUAUAUAUGUUCUUUCCGUACCGGUGCAUUACUUGGCACAUGAUAAUUGACCAAAUUGAACGCAGACUUGAUUAAAUUUAGAAACAUAACUUAUAAAGUGUAUUGAUGGAUUAAACAUUCAUGUGAAACCGUGUGCUAAUGGUUUGCAUUGAUGCUAAUGUGACCCGAUUGGUUCAUUCUAACGCAAAGGGCUCCUUGUUUUUUUUUUUAUUGAAUGAAUUGUGUAGGCCUAACUUUUGUAAUUCCCUUGAAAAGAAUCAAAGAAAUCACCGUUUUGAAAAGGUAACACGAGUCUGUUUUGAGGUGAUUUCGUUUAAUGAACAGAAGCGAGUCUGCCAGAGUUGCCAGGUCAUGUGACCUUUAUUGAUCAUUGAGGUGGGAUUGUAAACAAAGGCAAACAACAGUAUUUUAGUUUUGAUUUGUCUUUACCACUGUACGAUUUUAGUCAUCUCUGUCACACUUUUGUGCUAGUAAGAACUAUUCAGGGUUUUAUCAAUCCGUUUUUGUUUAUGAUGAUUAACAUUGUUAAUCAACGAGAAAAGUGAAUGGGUCUAGCGAGCAAAAUGACUUUAAAGGAUUUAGUUUUUAAUAAGAAAUGUACAUGCAUAAAAUGUCAGAUGUGUAAACAGCUUAUGAAAAACCUGAAAAAGCCGUUUUAAAAAUAAAGGUUCUAAAAGCAACCCUUUUGCAACCAUUUUUGGUUCUACAAAGAACCUUUUAAGUCAAAGGUUCUUAAAGGAACUAUUUCCUUCUUACCUUUUUAUAGUCUGUAGAAGCUUUUUUCCAUUAUGAAGAACUUUUUGUGCAACAGAAAGGUUCUAUGGAUGUUAAAGGUUCUUUAUAGUACCACACAGUCAAAAUGGUUCUUCUAGGGCAUCAUUUAGCACCUUUAUUUUCAAGAGUGAAAGUUUAAUUUUAUUUAUGCUAAACUGAAUAGUUUGAAACUUGGCAUGUGAGUUGUUGUCAAACCCUAUGGUGCUAUGCAUAAACUUAAAUAUCACACGACUAUACCAUGAAUCAAAGCAAUAGGGUAUUACAGGAUUGUCCAUAAUCCAUGUUUUAACAUAUACAAAGGGCUGUGGCUAAAAUCUAGAGAACAAUAGGAAUUUAAAGCUCUCAUCAUGCCAGAAGUACUGUAAUGUCCAUCAGUGAUAAUGUGGUAGUUGGCAAAAUUCAUAAAUGUACUUUGAGUAUAACAGAAAAGGCUAAACAUAACAGACAUGUUCCCAGAAGUGUUGUCCACUCACUAAAUCAAAUUAUGCUUUUAGAAGUUUCCUUUAGCCACUGAUCUGAGGUUAUUACAGUUUAUGAGCGUACAGUAAAUGAUGGCUGGUCUCGGAUCAGUUGAGUCUGUAAAGGUAUAAAUCUAUAAUGGACAACAUUAUUUUUUCUGUGUAUACAUUUGCGUUCAGAAUUUCUCGACAACAUUUUAAAAAAGGGAUAACAUUGUAAAUACACCGCAGUGAAGUCAAAACGAUACAGUAUUAUAAACCAUGCCUUGAGAAAGUGAUGUUCCAUCAUGUCUAUAAAGACCCAAUGUGAAGGCAUGUUGGAGGAAUUCUUGUACUAAUGUUCCCAGGUUGUGGCCUUUUGGAGGAUGUUGCAAACAUACUUAUUUUUCUUCACCUGCGUGGCCUCGUCUAGCUAUGCUACCAUGUUGCGUCCAUGUGGCACUAUAGAUAACUGUGCUUUAAAGAACCCAUGCCCUCGAUAAAACUACAGCAGACUCCCAAAUGGGUCCAUAAGACAAGCCAUUACCAAUAUAUAGAAAGAUUAUAGCUUGUGUUAUCGAUAUCACGAAAUAAAUCCAAUAAAUGGCAUUUGCAUCAAAAAUGUACUGUACCGUACCACCAUACCGAACCAAAACUCAACAGCAACCUAGCAAUUGCAAAAAUCUGCAUGGUGUAUGGAAGACUGCAUGAGCUUAGCCUAUCAAAACUGAGGAUCAACUAUAUUCUGGUUGCAUCAUUUUAAGCCCUUGCUGUCAUUUGUUCCUGAAGCCAUCUUCAUUAUUUAUACGGCAAUGUUUUUUCUCUUUCCUUUUGUUUGGGAAAAGUUCUUUAAUCUGUCAAACUCCACUGAUCAGAUCAGAUCAGAUCAGAUCAGUUUGUUGUUUAUUUGUUUACUUUCAAGAUGUUAAAUCACGGAUUGAAAAUGUCAUGCAUUUGAAAAAAACUUAAACCAAAACAGAAUCCAGGAUUCCCACAAUACAGCCAAAAGAAAGUACUGACCAUUUCAGCUGUGUGUUUAUGUUCGGUGACGGCUUCAUGUUAAUGUUUGUUCCAUGUACAUUUGGUCAAACUGCUCAUGUUGUCUUAAUGUGUUUCUGUAUGUUUUGUGUCUUCGUUAUGCUAAAUUACGCUGUUUAACUUGUCCUACAUUGACAACGGCAUGGUCUGCGAUCUAUGCAAGGGUUCUUCUGUUUAUUAUGUCAAAUAUGAUUUGAUCAUACAUCUGAAUCAAUAAAUUUUUAAUUAUCA